UUCAAAAAGAAGUGAAAGAGUGCGGAACUGAUCGAAUUGAUUUCACACUGGGCUGAACUUUUCCAUAAGGCUGAUCUUGAAAUUAUUGUACCUCUUCCUGCUCCUCUCAGUGACAAGAAUAAGCCAUCCGGAUUUGUAAUGAAGGCAGAAUUAGCGAGAAUAAUAAAUGAUGUCGACUUUGUCAAUGUGAUGACCUAUGAUUACAAUUCUAACCACUUCGUUGGAGUGUCACCAUUUGAAUGGGUUCAACAUAAUUUGGAAUAUAUUUUGUCGGAACCAUCAAUUAGUUCAUCCAAGCUUCUCAUGGGGCUAAAUUUUUAUGGCUAUGCUUCUCAGCGGGCUACGAUCAAAGCUGUUAUUGGUAAAGACUUUAUCAAAUAUAUAGCAGCACAACCAGGAGCAUUGUUUUGGAAUUCUAUCACGAAAGAGCAUUUCCUCAAAACAGAGGAUAAAGAUUUUUGCGUUUAUCCGACAGUGGCAUCUUUGCAAAUCAGGCUGGAUCUCGCCAAUCACUUUAACGUCGGUGUGGGUAUUUGGGAACUUGGGCAAGGUCUUAAUUAUUUCACAUGCUUACUUUAAUCUUUUUUCGUUUUAAGAAUAACAUUUGUUAUUU